CUCCGUAAAAUAAAAUAAUUUGUUGAUAGAUCUGUUAACUAUUAUGUCGCUAUUAAAGAAACAUCUAAAAUAUAGUGAAAGUGAUGAUUCUUUCUUGUGGAAAAGCUCUCCAGAAGACUUGCAAAAGUUUGUAAAUGCUAUCUUAGACAUCGAAGAUGACUCUAAAGGCGAAUUGAAAGAAGACAAGAAGCACAAAGCUUUCACGUAUAAGCUCAACGACAUCUCAGUGCGUUUUUACAUAGCAACAGGAACGCUUAAAUUGUUUGGCGCGGGGCAAAACGCCCUAUUAAACAAUCUACACAAGAUCAUUGAUAAAAACAAGGCGUCGUCUGUCAUUCCUUCGAGUACGAAUAUAAUUAGAAAUGGCUGCGAAGACGAAGCAGAAGAUGAAUCUCAACCACUGAAACUUCACGAAGCAUCACCGGGGUCGGUCGACGACAGUGUAAUUCCCUGUAGUCAGUCAAACAUCUGUACUGGCGAGAACGUUCAAAUGAAUACGGAAAGUAUUUUUCGUGAUGCUGUUAUGAGUGAGCUAAAAGAUCUACGAAAUGAGGUAGAAAAGAUUAAAGCAUAUUCUUGCACUCAGGGAAAGCAGGUAAAUCAUUCACUUGUACAAUGUCAAUGCUAUAAAGAAAUUGACGAACUUAAAAAUCGGGAGAAUAUUCAAAAAGAAUAGAUUAAAAAACUAGAAGAGGAGAAAGCUAGUCUCGUUACGGCCAUUAAAUUACUCAUGACAAAUAACGAACCCACAAGUGUCAAAUGCAAUGAUGUAUCGAAAAGCAUAAACACUGCUGGGAAAAGCCCGGUCGACAAUGAGGACGAAAAUAUUGCCAAUAGCGAGGCUAAUAAGGAAGAUAUAAAAUCUAAAAAACUAAAACGUAAAUAUAAAAAUAAGAAAUCGAAAAUUAACAACGAGAGUGAACAAAAGCCAAACGAUCCAGAAUUUAAUAGUUUUCUAGAAGGAAAAUCAUCUGAUUAUACAGAGUAUAAGAAUCGAAAUUCUACCGUCAUAGCUGGUGAUUCUAUGAUAUCACGAUUACAAGGUUGGAAGAUGUCUGACAAAUCUCGACGUGUGACAGUGAAAUCAUUCUCUGGAGCAAAAGUCGAAGACAUGUCCCACUAUAUCAAGCCUGAUCUUAAGUUUAAACCAGAUAAUUUAAUUUUGCAUGUUGGGACAAACAAUCUCAGAUCGAAUACUCCAAACGAAAUCGCAAAGGAAAUUGAGAAAAUCUGUAACAUUGUUAAUCAUGAUUCUCCGUCAACAAAUAUUGCUAUUUCCCAACUAAUUGUACGCCAAGAUUCGGCUGAACUUGAACAGAAGCGUGUAUGUGUGAACGAGAUCCUUAGUUCUUUAACUAAAUCUAAGGGUUGGAAAUUAAUUAUCCAUAAUAAAAUUGAUACUAACUGUUUAAAUGGCCGCAAAGUUCAUCUGAAUAAUCGUGGCACAAUAAACCUUGCAAAAAACUAUAAAAAUUACCUAGAUAAUUUAGAUUGA